UUUCAUUACCUGACAAAGGCACUGUAUUUGGAACUCAAGACCAUCACAAUCAAAAUAUUCCACUGAUAAGCAUCAAACGGAAACAACAAAAAUAGUAGCCAUGAGCAUCAACACCUCUCAUAACUGCACAGAGCCCCAGAGUAACCUGCUCUUUGUUGGGGUCUACUCCAUGGUCUUCGUGGUUGGCCUCAUCCUCAACCUCACAGCACUAGUGGUGUUCUUCCGCUACACCAAGUCUCGGUCUCACACCACCGUAUACAUGACCAACCUGGCCAUCGCAGACCUCCUCCUGGUCCUCACUCUGCCCCUGAGGAUCUACUACCAUCUGGGGAUUUCUGGGUUACCUCAGUUACCUCAGAUCCUGUGUGAAGGGGUGGGCCUGGUUCUGCUGGUCAACAUGUAUGGCAGCAUCUUUCUCCUCACCUGCAUGUGUUUCGACCGUUGUGUAGCCGUGUGUUACCCCAUGUCUUGCCGGAUUCGGGAGGGCCGAAAGAAAGCCCCACUGGUCUGCCUCGGUGUCUGGGUCCUUACCAUCGGAGCCAGCCUCCCAUUCUACAUCUCCAAACGCAGAGAGGCAUCCAAGGAGAUGCAGAAGGACCAAUGUUUCGGGAACCUCCCAGUCUACGCCACACAGGCCACGGCAGUUGCCUCGACACUAACCAUCGGCUUCGGCAUCCCCUUGGUGGUGAUGUUGGUCUGUUCCUCGGCGUUGAUCCGCACGAUUACAAGGAGCGCUGUAGCCCAGACAGACCUCAUCAACUCUGGGAAGAUCCAGAGGAUGAUCACCACCAACCUGUUGAUAUUUCUGGCCUGCUUCCUGCCCUACCAUGGGACUCUGGCGCUCCUCUAUGUCCAUAGGAAAGUGGUACCUUGCCCCCUACUGUCGGCAUACCGCUAUAGCCUAAUGGUGGCCUGUCUGAACGCCAUUUUGGACCCACUGGCCUACUAUUUCACCACGGAGACGUUCAGGAGGAAGGUGGAUAUGGACGCCAUUAGGAGGAUGUUCCCACUCAACAGUCAGAACUCUGAGGGGAACAACUCUAGAGCCCCCUUCAACACUUAAUGUUCUAAAGAUACAGUCUGGGAUUCGAAAAACAACAAAUCCGUCACCCCGCCGGCCGCCAAUUGUUUUGGUAAAAAUGUAUUAAAGCACGUUCCAUGUACUGCCAAGAUAUAGAAUGUUGAUGGUAUUGAAUUUAUGAAGUGUAGUUCUAAGCCAAGCUAACACCCAAGGUGUUAAGAUAUUGGAUCAUCCAUGUGCAAUCAGUUGGUUCUCAUACUGAAGUUUCGGACUAUGCAGUGGCAUGUAUUCAUGGAUGCCAAAGGAAGGCAGGCUUCCCCAAAACAUUCACC